CUUCUCUUUGGAAGAAAAGUUGAAAACUAAAACUUUGAUUGUGCCAUGUCUCAGACCAUGAAGAUGUGUCCACGACUCCGAAAUUCCUAUGGCAUUGGUGUGAUCUCCUUAGUUCUGAUAUUGGUAUCAGUAAAUGUAAAGGUAGCGAGUGGGGUGUACUAUGCCAUAAAUUGCAGAAAGCAUAGUGCAGUUUUGACAGAUUUUGGUGGGGUUGGUGAUGGCAUAACAUCCAACACAAAGGCCUUUCAAUCUGCAAUAAGCAAACUCAGCCAAUAUGCAUCUGAUGGAGGUGCAAUGCUUGUUGUGCCACCUGGGAAAUGGCUAACCGGACCCUUUAAUCUCACAAGCCAUUUUACUCUUUUUCUCGACUUUGGUGCUGUUAUUCUUGCAUCUCAGGAUGAAUCAGAAUGGCCCCAACUUCCUGUAUUACCUUCAUAUGGAAGAGGAAGAGAUGCUCCCGGAGGAAGGUUUAGCAGUCUAAUUUUUGGAACUCACCUCACAGAUGUUGUUAUAACUGGUAACAAUGGUCUAAUUGAUGGGCAAGGAGCUUAUUGGUGGAACAAGUUCCAUCAGGGUCAAUUGACUCUCACUAGGCCAUAUUUGAUAGAGAUCAUGUACUCUGAUCAAAUCCAGAUAUCAUUUCUCACUUUGGUCAACUCGCCUACCUGGUUUGUCCAUCCAGUAUACAGUAGUAACAUAAUAAUAAAAGGGCUAACCAUUAAAGCACCAGUGGACUCUCCCAACACAGAUGGGAUAAACCCAGAUUCAUGUUCAAACAUUAGGAUUGAAGAUUGCAACAUUACUUCCGGUGAUGAUUGCAUUGCGGUAAAAAGUGGCUGGGAUGAGUAUGGAAUUAGAUUUGGAAUGCCAACCCAACACUUAAUCAUUAGGAGGAUUACUUGUGUAUCCCCUGAUAGUGCUAUGAUUGCUUUAGGGAGUGAAAUGUCUGGUGGAAUCUAUGAUGUUAGAGCUGAAGAUCUCACUGCCAUCAACACUGAAGCAGCAGUUAGAAUCAAAACAGCAAUUGGUAGAGGUGGAUAUGUGAAAAACAUAUUUGUCAAAGGAAUGAAUCUCAACACCAUGAAAUAUGUAUUUUGGAUUACUGGCACUUAUGGAGACCACCCUGACCCUGGCUAUGAUCCCAAAGCACUACCUUACAUUACCGGGAUAAAUUAUAGAGACGUUGUUGCAACGAAUGUCACAAAGUCCGCAAGACUUGAAGGAAUUUCCAAUGAUCCUUUCACAGGAAUCUGCAUUUCUAAUGUGAGUAUUCAAGUGAGUGAACAACAGAAGAAGCUUCAAUGGAAUUGCAGUAACAUUUCUGGAGUUACAAGCAAUGUCACUCCUUACCCUUGUGCAUUGCUGCCAGAGAAAGGGCAAUUGGAGUGUCCUUUUCCAACUGACACACUUCCCAUUGACAAUGUUCAGCUCAAGUCUUGUAACUAAUAACAUGGCUAUAUUUGAAUUCUGAUCACUAGUUUUCAUUAAAUGUUGCUUGGAUCGAUGGAAAAGAAAAUGAAGAAAUGGUUUCUCAUUUUUCAUUAAACAUGACAGUAUAGAUUAUAGCUUUGUGCAUUCUAUUUGCUGCAGAAGAACAAUGUAAGGGAGUGUCUAAUAUUUUCGUA